AUGGAGGAUGGUAUGAAUGGAGAUCGUGUGUGUGUUUUGGUUUUAGUUUUGGGACCAGUCCUAUUUUAGGUUUAGGGGUUAGCUUUAGGGUUAGAAUUAGGGUUAGGGUUAGGGUUAGGUUUAGGGGUUAGGGAAAAUAGGGUUUUGAAUGGGAAUCAAUUGUUUGUUCCCCACAAGGAUAGUAAAAAAAUGGUGUGUGUGUGUGAGAGAGUGAGAAACUGUGUGUGUGUGUUGGCAUGUUUGUUGACUGGUUGUAAAUGCUGACAGUGACAGUGUGAGGAUAGAAGUGACACAGUAGCACAUUCUCAGGGCUCAGACUGCCUGUCUGUGUGUCUGUCUGUCUAUCUCUGUGUGUGUGGUGAUGCAAUGUGUAUUCUGCUGUCUACAAUACACCACUUAGCAGAUGCUUUUAUCCAAAGAAAUUACAGUACAAUGAGUGCCUGCAUUUUUAGUAGGCUAACCCAAAAGAGAGAGAGAGAGAAGAGAGAGGAAGAAGAGAGAGGAGAGAGAGAGAGAGAAAGAGGAGAGAGAGCAUAGAGAGAGAAGAUAGAGAGAGAGAGAGAGAGAGAGAUAAAGAGCUAAUCUCUAUCUCGCUCUCACUCUCUCUCUAUAUUCUACAGCGCUAGAUAUCUAUCUCUCUCUCGUCUCUCUCUCUCGCCUAUCUCUCCCUUCUCGAUAUAUAUAGAUUAGCUAUAGAGAGCGAGCGUUGUGAAGUUAUCUACCUUCAGGAAUUGAGGAAGUCAAAGAACGCUUCUUGUCUCCUUUUUUCUUCUCCUUUCUUCUAAACUCCCCUCCCUCCCUCCCUCCCGUCCUCCCCCCUCCCUCCUCCCUCCCUCCCUCACCUCCCCUCCCUCCUUUCUCCCUCACCCCCCUCUCUCUCUCCAGAACAUGGAGGACCACCUAGCGUUCCUGAUCACCGUGCCCACCACCCUCUUCCUCUUCCUCUCCAUCUUCAUCCUGGUCUGCAUAGAGUCUGUCUUCAACCGCAUGCUCCGCCUCUUCUCCCUCCUUAUAUGGGCCUGCCUGGUUGCCAUGGGUUACCUCUUCAUGUUCUCCGGGGGGAUCCUCUGUCCUUGGGACCAGGUGAGGUGGAGGGUGUGCGUGCGUGUCGGGCGUGUGUAUUGGGCAGAGUUGUGUGUGCAUGUUUGUGUAGAAGAAGACAAAUAUUGUUCAUUAAUACUUUAUUGUCCAUUUGUCUUUAAAGCUUUUUUGCUUUUCAACCCAAUCCCUUGAGAUACACAUUCGAGGAUUUGGGACCACAGGGACAGCCACGGUGCAUUGCUGCUGGAACUGUUUUUUCAAGGAUUGAGUGCCUUGCUCAAGACCACAGUGGCUGGAGAUGCCGUCUUUGAUUACUGUUCACUACAUCAGAACUGGAAUUCAAACCCACAACUGUCCUGCUUUUGUGUGUCUGUGUGUGUGUGUCGGUGUCGGUGUGUGAGUGUGUGUCCUGUACAUUGAGUGUACGUCAUGUGUGAUUAAGUGUUAGGCUAAGCCAAAGGAGGUGAGAGAGCAGGAGACAGAUACAUUACCUUUCAGGCCUAUUCACGUUACUCUCCCUCCCUCCUUCUCUCCUUCCUUCCCUAUCUCUUUUCCAAUUUAUUUUUCAUUUGAUCUUUCUCCCAGUCCACCUGUGUCUCUUUGUCUCUCCUUAUUUCUCAAAUUCUAUUUACUUUAUAUCCCUCUUCCCCUUUACCUCAUCCUCCCAGGUCUCCUUCCAUUUCUCCCUCCCUCACCCUCACUCCCCCUCUCCUUCUCGUACCUACUCUCCAUCCCUCCUUCCCCUUCUGUUCCUCUCCUCCCUCCUUCUCUCAACCUUGCUCCCCCUUUCCUUUUUCUACAUUCUCUCCAUCCCUUUCUCCCUCUCCUUCGCUCCCCCUCUCCCUCACCCUCUCCCUUACACCCCUCUCCUUCUCCUACCUUCUCUCCAUUUCUCCCUCCCCCUCUGUUUCUCUUCUUCCCUCCCCCUCUCCCUCUGUGCUUCCUUCUCUCCAGAGCCUCCUUUUCCUGUUAGCAGACUACUCAUGGAGCGUAGGGCCCCGCGUCCACUAGGGGCCCCCGACCUAAAAGGAACUCAGUCGGAUAGUGCAUCAGCAGUUUUCCACUUGUUAUGUCAGUCACUCAAUUAGCCGAGUUCAGCUAAACAUUUUUAGGUUGCUAGGUAAGGUAGUCUAGCCAGCUAUCUAAACCUUAUACUAGGCCUAAUCAUCACCAAAUUACCGACCGGGCACGCAGGGCAUGCAUUCAGGGGCCCUGACCUCCAGGUUGCCCCCGUUCAUUUUGUUAGUCACUCUCACACAAAUAUUAUAUAAGUGUGGAAUAAGUCAUAGCAAAAUGUGUAAAUUGCUGAAAAUUUGCUUUAAAACUGCAAAAUGUUCUCUGCCCCAUGGCAAAAUGUGAAUACUGUAGAAAAUGGGCUUUAAAACUGCAACACUUUCUCUACACCCCAUGGCAAAAUGUGUAGAAUUCCAGGAAAUUAACUUUAAAAUACAAAAUAAAUACAAAAGGGGGGGGCACUAAAAUGUUUUGCCUGCGACGUUGUGCCCCCCCCCCCCCCCGACCAAAUCUCGCUUAGGGCCCUCAAAAGGCUAGAGGCGGCACUGCCUCUAUCCCUCCCUCAUACCCCUCUCCUUCUCCUAGCUUCUCUCCCUCACUCUCCCAUCAUCGUGGUGGAGAUAUUUUUAUCCAUCUCUCCAUCUGUGAGAGCAUAAUCAUACUGCAUUAUUAAACAACCUAUUCUGCUCAAUGACUCUCUCUCCCUCUCUCUCCUUCUCUCCCCUUAAGGAAAAACUAUGUUAGACUUUUCACAUGAAAUCAUGUGGUUUUUCUGUAAGGAUCUUUCAGCUAUUUCAUGUCCUCUUUCCUCUCCUCUUUCCCUCCUUCUUUCAUUCAUUCUCUCUCUCUCUCUCUCUCUCUCUCUCUCUCUCUCUCUCUCUCUCUCUCUCUCUCUCUCUCUCUCUCUCUCUUUUUUCUACCACUCUCUACUUCUCUCUCUUCCUGUCUCCUUCUUCCACAGACACUAAUCUCAUAUUGUUACUCUAGUGGUUAAUUCCACAUUCUCAGUAGGCAGUUUGAGGAGGAAAUGUAUUGAAAGGGGAACGAGUGUUCUUUUAUGACAGGUAGUUCAGGUAUAGAACACCACCCAGGUGUGCUGUGAUGAUGAUGGUAAAUGCCUCAGACUAUAAGAAGGAGAAAAAUGGCUAUUUACUGUGAGCCAAUCAGCCUGGAGCCAGGAGGAAGUACACUCUCAACCAUACUGAUGGGACACACUGAGCUAAAUAACACUGUCUUCAGCUACUGCUGCGACUACAGUCUGUUCUCAAACAGAGAGAGAGAGUGUGGGGAGGGAGAGACAGAAAGUGAGGGGUGUGGAGAGAGAGAGAGAGAAUCUGAAAGUUUAGAACAGGUUAUGUUCUGCUUAGUAACAGUCACACACACAAUCUGUCACACACAUACACACACACACACAUACACACACACACACACACACACACACACACACACACACACACACACACACACACACACACACACACACACACACACACACACACACACACACACACACACACACACACACACACACACACACACAGCAGCCCUUUCAGCUGAGGAGUUAGUUGUGUCUGGGCCUGAUUGAAUCUCCCAGGAGAGAGCAGGUAUUAGUGGAAGGCAGAUUGGACCAGAACUCCAGACACCUGGUACCAUCAAAACAAUACAACUCUCCCUCACACUGACCCGGCUGGUUGGCUUGCUCUGGAGCCUACCUCACAGAGGAGAGGAGCUGGAGAGAGGGAAGGAGAGAGAAGGGGUGGGGAGAGAGGAGAUGGAGAAAGGGAAAACAUUAUAUAAACUUAGAAAAGUAGACCAUCUAACGUUUGACUGUAGCAAAUAAAGGAUGAGAAAACCAAAUGUCAACUAUAAAACAACAACAGUAAAACAUCCAUAUCCCUUCUCACAUUGCUGUUUGUCAUUAAAUGGCCAUUCAAGAACAGAAACAAUGUCAAUAUCAGCAGAAAUGUUGAGCUAGCAGCACCAAAGCUAUUUGUUCUUAAUUAAUGUUUGGGUUGAGGUCAAGGUCAGGGUUGGUGGUAAGAAUUGCAUCGGUUGUUGGAAAACGGCUUGGCUGGACAGUGUCACUGUCACUUUCAACCUCCAACUUCCCUCUCUUUCAACAUCUCUCUCUCUGUGUGUGGGAGAGGUGGAAAGAAUAUUGUUAUCGAUCAAUAAUGACAAACCUCCUGACAUUGACAACUUAGAUGGAAAGCUACUGAGGAUGGUAACUGACUCUACAGCCACUCCUAUCUGUCAUGUCUUUAAUCUGAGCCUAGAGGAAAGUCUUUCCGCUACCCAAGAAUGGUAAAGCGGCCUUUAUUGGUUCUAACAGCAGACCUAUCAGCUUGCUGCCAGCUCUUAGCAAACUGUUGUAAAAAUGGUGUUUGACCAAAUACAAUGCUACUUCUCUGUAAACAAAUUAACAACAGACGUUCAGCAUGCUUAUAGAGAAGGGCACUCAACAUGUACUGCAUUGACACAAAUGACUGAUAAUUUGUUGAAAUAAAUUGAUAAUAAGAAGAUUGUGGGAGCUGUACUGUUAGAUUUCAGUGCAGCCUUUGAUAUUAUUGACCGUAACCUGUUGUUGAAAAAACGUAUGUGUUAUGGCUUUUCAACCUCUGACAUAUUGUGGAUUCAGAGCUAUCUUUCUAAUAGAACUCAGAGGGUUUUCUGUAAUGGAAGCUUCUCUAAUGUCAAACAUGUAAAGUGUGGUGUAAUGCAGGGAAGCUCUCUAGGCCCUCUAUUCUUUUCUAUUUUUUAUCAAUGACCUGCCACUGGCAUUAAACAAAGCAUGUGUGUCCAUGUAUGCUGAUGAUUCAACCAUAUAUGCAUCAGCAACCACAGCUAAUGAAGUCACUGAAACCCUUAACAAAGAGUUGCAGUCUGUUUUGGAAUGGGUGGCCAGUAGUAAACUGAUCCUGAACAUCUCUAAAACUAAGAGCAUUGUAUUUGGUACAAAUCAUUCCCUAAGUUCUAGACCUCAGCUGAAUCUGGUAAUGAAUGGUGUGGCUGUUGAACAAGUUGAGGAGACUAAAUUACUUAGUGUCAUCUUAGAUUGUAAACUGUCAUGGUCAAAACAUAUAGAUUCAAUGGUUGUAAAGAUGGGGAGAGGUCUGUCCUUAAUAAAGAGAUGCUCAGCUUUUUUGACACCACACUCCACAAAGCAAGUCCUACAGGCUCUAGUUUUAUUUUAUCUUGAUUAUUGUCCAGUCAUAUGGUCAAGUGCUGCAAAGAAAGACCUAAUUAAGCUGCAGUUGGCCCAGAACAGAGUGACACGUCUUGCUGUUCAUUGUAAUCAGUGGGCUAAUAUUAAUACUAUGCAUGCCAGUCGGUUUUGGCUAAGAGUUGAGGAGAGACUGCGUCACAAUUCCAAAUAGUUUGCAUAGUCAACUUACACACAGCACUGACAUACACACUUACACCACCAGACAUGCCAUUUUCACAGUCCCCAGGUCCAGAACAAAUUCAAGGAAACGUACAGUAUUAUACAGAGCCAUGAGUGCAUGGAACACCCUUCCAUCUUAUAUAGCUCAAGUGAACAGAAAACCUGGUUUAAAAAAACAAAUAAAGUAACACCUCAUGGCACAGCGCUCUCCCCCAUGUGACCUACUUGUUGUGUGUAUGUACUGACAUGUAUGUGUAACUGAUAGAUGCACACACACACACUACAUGUUAGUGUUUUUAAAUGUAUGUAUUUAAGUAUUUUGUCUGAAAUGUAUUUUUCGUUAUAUGUCAGACCCCAAUAAGAUUAGCUGGCGCCAUUGGCAUCGGCUAAUGGGAUUCCAAGUAAAUCAAAUCAAAUCUCUCUGCACAAUAUCUUUCUAUAUCUCUCUUUCAACAUCCCUCUAUCCCUCUAGCGGUCAUAGUCUCUGUCAUCUCUUUGUCUUUCCUGAACCCUUACCUUUGAACUACUGUGAUAUAGACAUUCACUGUGGCCCUCUGUUGACUUCCUGUUCCACUUCCUACUUCAGACACCACUUCCUGUUCGUGAGGUCUUGGUUCAUGUCCAUGGUGCUGCAGGGAGUCAGGGUCAUGGGUUGUGAUGGGAUAAGCUCUGAGCCAUGACCUCCUUAUCUGUUUGUUUAGUUCCUGUGUCCAGCUCCUCCUUUCCUGUUCUGAUCCUGGUAUAUCAGUAGUGCUAUAACUAUAACAUGUGAUAUGAUUUAGGCUGUUUUUAACAGCAAUGUGCUGCGAAAGGGUCCCCAAACUAAUGUUGUAUGAUGAGUAAACUUGCCUAAGGAUUUAGCUCGGUAGGCUAAUGCACACGCUUGAUUCAUGAUUAGGGUUGAAAAUUCUGGUAACUUUCCCAAAAGUCCCAGGUUUUCCCAAAAAUUAUGUUUGGAAGAUUCCAGGAAUCAGCAGGAAAUCCGGAAUCAUGCAACCAGAAUUUCUGGAAAACCUGGGUAUUUUGGGAAAGUUAGCGGAAUUUUGUAGCCCUAGUCAUGAUUUAUGUAGUAGACCAAACUUAUAUGAGUCAGAGAAAAGUUUAUGCUGAUGCCUGGUGGAACAUGUGACAGAAGUGACUCCUUGGAAUGUUCUGUAACUUCCUCUCUCCCAGGUUGUCAUCGUGUAACAUGUUAAAGUGUCUCCCUGUAAUAUUCAAUGGGAGAAUCUCAAUUGGUUUUGCUCUCCUCCGUCCUCUGGAAACAAAUGCGCUUGUAUGAAAUUAGACUGUCCUUCUCCACUCACGCAUCCUCAGGCAAAUUAUGUUUACAGGUGUGGAAUCCCAAAAUAAAUGUGUAAAGUGAUACAAACAAAUGUAGCUAGUUUGCAAGAAAUGUUUAUGGAUAAAAGGAAUAAGUAGCAUGUCCUUUUUAAAUGUGUGCAUGCUUUUCUCCUUCAAGAAAACAACAGCUGAUUCAAAGGGGGUGUGGCAUAUUGUAAAACACUUCUGUGCUAGACGCUGCAAGGAUACUCUUGUGCAUCCUCUGUCGAAGUAGGUAAUUGAGGAGGGGAGCAGACUCCUUUGUUUGACUACUAACUAAUUGACACUCUCCUCGACCACUCAACCACUUAUUUGGUUUCCGGAUCACAGAAGAGAGGAGGACGGAGAAGUCGAGGAGAGGACAAACUUUUGUCCAAUUGAGAAUAUCACUAUGACUUCCUACUUCCUUUCUCCCAGAUGUCCUUCUUCCUAUUCACAGUGUUCGUGGUGUAACAUGUUAAAGUUUCCCCCGGUAACAUCCUGUGUCUUCCUCUCUCACAGGUGUCCUUCUUCCUGUUCAUAGUGUUUGUGGUCUACACCAUGCUGCCGUUCUCCAUGAGAGGAGCAGUCCUAGCCAGUAUCAUCACAUGUUUAUCACACACAAUCACACUCAGUGUGUGUCUGGCGUUUACUGCAGAGGCCUUGGAACCACUGGUGUGGCAGGUAAGGGAACACACACACACACACACACAAACACACACACGGAUGCAAACACACACACGGAUGCAAAGCACACACACACUCACAUUUUAUUUUCAUAAAUCUUUACGAUAUAACCAAUUUUGACUUUGAUGCUGGCCCAUCUAGCGGAAAUCACUCAGUUCUGCCUCCAGGGCAAGACUCGUAAACGCCAACCUGCUUCUAUCCAGCGGCUCUCUCUCUUUGUCCCUCUCUCUUUCUCUCUCUCCCCUCGCUCUCUCUCUCCCUCUACUCUGUGUGGGCCCUCAGUAUGCUCUUCAUUAUCAGAAUAGAGCUCUCAGUCUAAAUGAAUAGCUACUCUGAGAGCUGAGGCUAGAGGCUGAGCCUGUGUGCCAAAUAGCAUCCUAUUCUCUAUGAGCCCUGGUCAAACGUAGUGCACAACAGAGGGAAUAGGAUGCAAUCUGGGAUGCUGCCUAGGAAUAAAUGAACAGAGCAUAAUGUCCUACUCUAUCGAAGCUAGCUAGGUCAGUGGAGCUACAACAGACCUUAGUGUGUCAGUAUGUCUGUGCUGCUGGUCAAUGCUAACAAUAGUAUCACAUAGCCAGAAAUAAAAGGCUUGGAUGUUGCCCACAAAGUCUGUGACAUAGGUAUGCGUGCAGGUAGGCAGGUACACACACAGGUACACACACAGGUACACAUAGCCUCAGCCAAUCUCUAUCCCUCUCAGGUAAACAAACAUGUAUGUGUUUGUUUGCAUGCUUGCGUGUGCGCACACACACACACACACACCAUGGUUUACUGGAAAAACCCUUUACAGGUCUCUGUAAAUAAACAUGUAAUAAACACACGUAUUGCCUGGUCUUCUAAAGACCUGUGUCUAUUUAUAUACAGGGCUUUGAUGAGCCUGAUGUUGACAUAGUGGCGAACUAGAUGAACAAGAUGUGUGUACUAGGGCAGGUUUAUGGGGCAAUAAUGUGUUAUUGAGUUGUAUAGAUGGACUUUGGGUGAUUAGAUUAUAGGAGACUUCAUCUGCACUGGCGUCAGACACUGAGUUUAUCUUUAUGAGUCUCCUCUGUGUGUUUGUUAGAGAGGGGGGGGGAGAGAGAGAGAUUUCUAUUUCUCUUGAUUGAGUCAUUCACAGGUGACUCUUUCAGUAUUUGAUUCAAGUCUCCAAUAGCAUCUGCCUUCUUUUAUACCCCUGCUUUUUUACCAGCUGACCAUUGUGAAGUUUCAUCAUGUCUGUAUGAGGCCAAUGUACCAGUCAGUUAGGGGGUGUCUCUGAUGUGUGAUGCCACUGUGACUGCACACACAAAGCAGAUGGAAUGGUAAUGGCAAUGUCUGGGUGUGGGUUUGUUAGGUUGGUUGUCUGGUAAAAUGUACCAGUCUGUGAAUAAUAAUUUUAUUCUAGGAGGUCUAAGGCUAUUCUAUUCCCUCUCCUCUCCUCUCCUCUCCUCUCCUCUCCUCUCCUCUCCUCUCCUCUCCUCUCCUCUCCUCUCCUCUCCUCUCCUCUCCUCUCCUCUCCUCUCCUCUCCUCUCCUCUCCUCUCCUCUCCUCUCCUCUAUCAGAUCCUGGCUAACAUCAUUAUCUUUACGUGUGGUAACCUGGCUGGAGCGUACCAUAAGCACCUGAUGGACCUCGCCCUCAGACAGACCUACCAGGACACCUGCAACUGCAUCAAGUCCCCCAUCAAACUGGAGUUUGAGAAACACCAGCAGGUAGGCCUGCUUUACAGGGACGUAAACGGUAUAGACACACACGCAUAUACACGCAGGCACGCAUAUAGAGCGUAUAAAGAAUGGAUUGUGUGUGUGUGAAAAAUAGAGCACCAAUUGGGUGCCUGAGGCAAUUAAAGGUUGAACUUGAGUCUGUGUCCUGUUCGUCAUUGUGCCUCUAACCGGGUAUCUAGAGCAAACAUCCCUGAUCUAAUCCGGCAACUUAGUUUUGGGAUAAGCCGGAGCUCCCCAGUGCUGCAGCCAGUCCAGCAAGCGCCAGAGCUCCAACCUGCUCAACCUGUAGACUGCCAGUCAGCUCUGCAGCCACUGAGCUGGCACCCCAACCGACACAGCCUCUGUCUCUCCUGGUCGACCUGCUGUCACCACACCCGACCACCGUCCUGGUACCAGUGUUUUUUCGAGGACCAUUCCAGCACUGACCUGGGCCCAUCUCCAGCACCAGCUCUGGGUCCGAUGUCCAGCCCUGUCCUGGACCCACUGGCUGACUCAUUUCCAAUCAUGGGUCCGCCAUCCACUCCUGUCCCAGGCCCAAUGCCAUCGGCUUACCCAGCUCCAGCCCUGGGUCCACAACCUUCACCACCCCCUGAGGACACAGCACAGCCAGACCCACAACCAGCACUGGGUCUGAGGCUCAAACCUGCCUUCAGGAGACCAGAUGUGGGCCUGCCUCUGGCUCCGGACCUGGAUGCACAUCCAGCCCUCGUAUGA